AUGACAAUGGGUGCGUCCGACGACGCGGCGUUGUCCUCAGAGGCCUCCCUUCGCAGCUCCUCGUCGGGCUCCAGCGCCGCGCCUCUUUCCGAGGAUGACGACAUGCAAGAUAAGCGAGCGCGCUGCGCAGCACUGAAAAGUCUCUCUGGCCAGCACACGGUCGAAACAGUCGAGGUUACCAAGCUGCGAUUGCAGCGGGAGCAGCGACUGCGACGGGUGCUGUCCCAGCGUCACCUUGGUCAGCCCGAGCCGGUUCCGCAGAACGCCUUCUAUUGCACCCGCGCUGCGCUGUCCGAGGAGGACACGGUUUGGCUGUACACGCUGACCAACAGGGCGUGUUUUGAGCGACUGAUGCAUGACGUGCAUUCCACUGCGAUGCCGGCGCUGGCUGGCCAGCUCGACGCGGUUCUCUCGCACGCGAACCCACUCUUUUACUUCAGCUAUCGGAUGCCCGUGAAGGUCGUCGAUGGUGCCGGCGACGCUGCCGCCACUUCUCUGCGGGAGGCACCGGCAAUGCGGCGCUGGCUGGAGGACACACCGCCGGUCCUGCGCAAGCGACCCGCGCCAGAGAAGGAAGAUGCAGGGCAACAGCAGCGCGACGCCGAUGGAGAGUUGGCCAGGGGGGCCUUGCAGAAGCAUCCCAAGACGUCCGCCAGCAGCGUCUCCGCGUCUUCAGGGCUCGUGGCCCAGUCGAUGAAGGCGUGGGAGGCGCAUCUCACCGCAACGCUUACCGAGGAGGGUGAGACGAUCGAGAACUUCCGGCACAGCCGCACGAAGUCGAGCUAUACGGACAAGAAGAGAUUUCAAGAAAAGGCGGCGUGGCAGGAGUACGUGCGCGAGGUGCGCAUUCAAGCGCAACAGCGAGACCGCGAGAUGAAACGUGCGCUGCGCCGCGGCGAAAUGGAUGAGCCACGAGGAUGA